AUGUCUGAUCCUCCCAAUAUGGGUGCCCCUAAAGAAGGGCCCAUUGACGCCGAUACCAAACUUGACACAGGCGCCCGACGUGCCUCCGGUACCGCCAGGCGGUCGCGUCGUAAGAAGGAUGAUGACGAUCCCAAGACAACCAAGAAGGAAAAAGAACCCAAAGAGAUCAAGGAACCUAAAGAAAAGCCAGCUCGAGCUCCCCGUCGUCCACGGGAGAAAUCAAACAAUACUGCUUCUCGGAAAAAGCCCAAACUGGAGCCUGCAGGAGAGGAUACGGGGCCUACUCCGGUAGACGCCCGAAGCCCUCCACACGCCCCUGCGGCGCCUCAUCCUGCUCAGCCCGUCCAACCUGCUCUAACUGCCCUCCCUCCGCAGCCUAAUUUACCUGUUCAACCUGCCCCAACCUCUUACUCACAUCCACAUCCUCCGGUUCCUGCAGCUUCACCUUCAUAUCAACUAUCGCAGCCCCCGCGCCCACAAUCGCAACCUCCAGCGCCCCAACCACCACCCCAGAGAACUAGCGGACAAAAUUUCGAUCCAAUUCGCUCUGCGUUUGACAAUCCAUCUCCAGCACCCAUAUACAGCCCUCCCGCUCGCCCAGCCUCUCCUCGCAACACUUAUCGCGCCAGUGCAUCGCCGGCAAUCUCAAGCAUCAUCGAUCCGCCCGCUCAGAACCCUCAACCAGUCUACACCCCGAUCCAGCGUUCCUCCUCUGGCCAUGUAUCCGGUAUAUCUUCGCCGGCACCGCCUGCAAUGGCACCCACUUCCUCUCAUCAGUCCUUAGCCCCAUCCCCCCAUCCCACGCCCUCUCCAUCACAUGGAAUCCUGCACACCCCACAAGCAAUGUCGCAGUCGAACCACUAUACCACCCCAUAUCCACCCACUGAGCAGCGGCCGCUACCCUCACAAACUCCCAAAAUCGAACUGUCUCCCCCGGCGAUGCGCCAACCUCCACCUCCCGCGCAACCCGAGGAGGCCGCUGUGCAACCAACUCCACCAACCCAACCACCACCUGAAGCAACGGAAGUCGAGCCCAAGGACCAGUCCGCUUCUGGCGCUGGAAAAGAAAAGACCACAGCUGCUACGCCGACAUCAAAAGCCCCAUCCCCCAAACCACCUCGGCCUGCCAAAGAGGCUCCUCAGCUGCCCCAAGGAUCUGGCUUCAUCACGAAUGCGCUGUUUGGUGGAGGGGAUGAUUCCGCGAAGUCAUCCGACUCGCGGAGUACCCCUAAUAUCAUCGUUCAUGUCCCGCUGCUAAAAGGCAACCAGAUUGUCAACUUUGCGCGACUUGCAGAGGAGCAAUAUGGCUUUGCUGCCUUACACCCUCGUUUGGCCGCCCACAAAGCGCGCCUGGCUCGUGUGGCAGCUGCUGGGGCCGCACUGGAACGCAAUGAUAAAAAUGCCAAAGGAGUCUCUGCCGGUGAAAGUGCUGACGAGGAUUUGAGUCUCGAUGCGGAACGCGACAGUGACAUGGAUGGCGAUGUUGCCAUGGGUGGCACUGGCGCAGGAACCAAUGGCGCGCCCUCAGAGGCUAGCGAUGGAAAGAAGAAGCGACGCAAGAAGGUUGAGGAAUAUGACCGGGAUGAUCCAUUUGUGGAUGACACUGAAAUGGUGUGGCAGGAGCAAGCUGCUGCGAGCAAAGAUGGGUUCUUUGUCUAUAGCGGACCGCUCGUGCCGGAAGGAGAGAAGGUCCAAGUAGAACGCGCCGACGGUACAAUCAAACGUGGCCGUGGUCGAGGUCGGGGAACAGGUCGGGGUCGAUCUGUGGCUUCGCAUCCGCAUGUUCCUAUUGCAGCUGCUGUGCCCAUCUCCCAAGAUACUGGCCUUCCAUUACGUGGACCCGGCUCUCGGGGUGGCACUUCGCGCCGUCCUCGAGGCAACAAGAAAGCCGAGGGCGAAAAGCACGCCAGUGAACGCACUGGUACCACUGCCUCUGGGACCCAUGAAAGCCGCGGUGGUCGAGGUGGUGGUGCGGCAAGCUCUGGUCGCGGUGGAAGUAACAGCACUCGGGGUGGAAAGUCGUCCGUCUCAAUUCCGAUGUCGGAUAUUGCUCCUACGCCGUCAACUCCGGGCAUUGCUCCCGCACCCCCUGGCCCCAGCCCAUUGGCUGGUCCAGAGCUCAUGAUGAAAUAG